GUCGCAUUGAUCGCUUGUGUCUCUCCAGACACAAUUAAUACUUGCGUAUAUAUAUACGACAAUAGUUUCGAUUUAUAUUAACAUAUUAAAAUGGGUUGCACUUCGGGCUGCUUCAAGUGUUUUCUGAACAUCUUAAACAUAGUCUAUGCGCUCUUUGGCCUGCUGAUAAUAGCCGUGGCUACGCUCAGCUUGGGCCAAGCACCCACUGCCUACAUCAUCUAUCUGUAUGUGAUUGGAGGCGUGCUGUUUGCAUCAUCCAUUAUCGGUUGUUGUGGCAUCUGUCAGGAGAGUGUUUGUCUGACCGCAACGUAUGGAUUCAUCUUGUUGACACUGCUGGUUGUGCAACUGUUUGGCUUGUUUGGCAAGAGUUUCGAUGAGGAUUAUAUAAAACAGUUUGCGGUGCAAGAUGUGGACGCCAAAUGGCAAGCCGAGAUGACGCACCCAGGCGCCAUGGAUAAAAUACAGCGAACGUACGAGUGCUGUGGUCGCAAUGGACCCGAAGACUAUCAGAAGAUUGGACGCCCCACGCUGCCGGAGAGCUGCUAUCCAGAUAAUAAAACAUAUAUAAACAGCUAUACGGCGGGCUGUGUGAAUGCUGCUGCUGAUGAAUUUCUGAAAAUCUUUAACUAUUCACAAAACAGCAAAUUGGUAUCAUGCGUAGUAACGGCGCUGCUGUGCUUCUUCACGUUCUAUUUGGUGCAUCGUUUUCGCAAGGAGCGCCAGAGAUAUUCAUAUCAUUAUUAAGGCCAAGCUGCGAAUUAAUUUGUUUAACGAAAUACGAACUUUUAUAUGUAAAUAAAAUACAAAAGUCCGCAAUUUAA